AUGUUACGCACUCGUAUGCUCGUUGCCGCUGUGCGAGCCCGUCCUGCAUCUCGCACUCCCCACGUCCUCACCCAGCUCACUCAAGUCCGUCACUCCUCGGGCGAGCAUGGCCAGGAGACGUUUGAGGCCUUUACCGAGCGCUACGUCAACUUCUUCCAAAACGCGCAGGACCUUUUCGAGGUCCAGCGUGGCCUGAACAAUUGCUUCUCGCAUGACUUGGUUCCCGCCCCUACCGUCUGCGAAGCCGCACUCCGCGCUGCCCGACGCGUAGACGACUACGCGACUGCUGUUCGCGUUUUCGAGGGUAUCCGGGAGAAAGUGGAGAACAAGAAACAAUACCAGGCCUACCUUGACGAGUUAAAAGGCGUUCGGGAGGAGCUUGGUCAGUGA